CUGUAACACUGUAUAUUCAUUGUAUCCAACACCCACCCCACACACACACACACACGCCCACUGCUCCACACACAGGAAUGGCCCCCACUGGUACUGGUCGCCCUGGGUCUAGAGCCGGGGCUGCAGCUAUCGGAGCAUUGGGGGCUCAGAUCAAGGUAGCUGAUAGGCCAGUCACCCAGCAGGGGUUAGGAGGAGUGAAGACUGCUGGGGCAAAGGGUCCAGCCAGACAAGUGCAGGACAAGUCUUUCUUCCUCGGGCUAUUGAGGGCCAAGAUCCAGGAGCUGAGCACUGAGGUGGUGAGGAUGACUAGAGAGAUCGAGGCUUUCAACCAGGAGAAUGCCACCUACCUUACAUUUGAGAAGAAAGCGGAGGGCCUAGCUGAUGAGAUCAGAGAGCUUCAAGGAGAGAUGGCUGAUUACAAUACUCUCAUGGACAAGGUCAACACGGACACUGAAGUGGGGGCGGUGCUUGCUGACUGUACAGCUCUUCAGAUGCAGAAUGACGUCGAGGCACGGAGUAUUGACGCCAUCUUUGCUAGCAACCAAGAGGCUCAGACGAGCAUACGAGGACUAGAGGAAGCCAUAGAGAGAGAGAGGUCAGCCACUGACACUGUAGUGGAGGGGAUGGACCCUCACACAGCAGCCAACUACACACAGCUGCAGGAGGAGGAGAAGAGGAUUGAGCAGGAGUUGUCUCAACAGCAGAGCACUUUAGAGUCCCUCUCCGCUAAGAUCAACAAUUUACAAGAAGAGGUGAACUCUUCUGACAUCAAGCAAGAGGCGUAUCGUCUCCACCAAACAUUGUCUGAGGCAGUCCAACGUCGUGAGGAGUGGAGGGAGAAAGAGAAAGAGACUCCUCAGAAGGAAAGAGAGAGGCUACUGGGACAGGUCAAGGCAGACAACCAAGAGAUGGCAUCCAUUGAGAAGAGGAGUGCUGAGUUGACAGAUCGGCUUGCAGCUGUACAGGAGCAAUUAGUGCAGGCGGACUCUGACCUUGAAGCCACACAAGGGAGCAAUGCCAGUCGCUACAAGGAACUCAGACAGAGGGAGAAGUUCAUCAAAGAGUUCCUUGAUACAUUUGAUGAUACCAAGACUAAAGAGAGUGAUCAGUUGAGGACUCUACAGAGCAACAUAGUGACCACUCUGGAGCACAUCAGCUCAAACAUGAGUGAGUCAGAGCACCUGCCCAGUGUGGAGCAGUUUGUGGAGAUGCAGGCUGAUCUUCUGUUCAAGAAUGAUGAGAGAGAUAAGUCCGAGGCCACUACCAAGACCCUCGGGGAUGAGAAUGGCAAGUUGAGGAUGAACCUUAGCAAAGUGGAGGAUCUGGAGAACAAGAUCUCCACUGAACUGGAGACACUGAAGAAAGAGAUAGAAACCAUGAAGGAGGAGAUUGAGUUGUACUCUGACCUCGGGGGACUACAAGACUCGGAGGAGGAGACAAGACAAAGACUGGCUGAAGAGAGGGAGCAAUUGUUGACAAGGAAAGAGGGUGCCAAGAUGAAGACCAAGCAGCUGGCCUCCGAGUACGAGAGAGCCAAGACUCAGCUAGAGGAGAAUGACACCUACAUUCAGCUUGGUAACUUGGAGAAGAAAUGGCAGCAUCACGAACAAAACAACUUUGUCAUGAAAGAGUUCAUAGCAACUCGCCAGAGUGAGGGUGACUACAGUGUAGUGUGUGAUGAUGUGAGGGGACUAGUGAGUGACUACAACACACUCCUCUGUCAAGCACUCUCCGGGGUCAACACUCUCACUGUCUAGGAACACUAGCCUCUACUAACUACUAGUACACUAUUGGACACUCUGAUUGCUGUCAUUAUUGCAUCCUUGUUGUGGCUAUAUAAUAUCUGUGUGAUGUAGUUUACAGCAAGACGUUGAACUCUCUUGUUUUCAACUA